CUUUUGCUAGGCACUUCAUUCGAUGGGAGUCAGGUCAUUUGAAGCUCUUGCUGAAGCUGAUCCACGAAGGAUAGAGAUUGUUACCGGUCGAAAAUAUCCUUUCGGAAAUACCAUCAAGGAGUCUCUAUCAUCCCUACCUCCUAAAGUUGAAAUCAAGGUCGAGGAAGUUGACUGCCAGAAGCAAGGGAUAUCUAAACUAGCAGUCACAUUGACACGGCUAUCACAACCUGUCCAAUCCACAAAACGCCAUUAUGCUGACAUGAUUGUUGGCUCAGAUGAAGAGAAUCUUAUCCACUUUCAUGAGAAAAUAAGAAUGGAAGACUUCUCCAGUCCAUAUAGCGUAACCAUUCUCCUGGAAAGGCCUCAUCAACAAGCAAAGGCGACUGUGAAGGCUGAUCUCAUCUUCGAAGAAUACAUUGGUAUUGACCUCCAUGAAACACUUCUACUGAAGAAGGCAAACAACAACAAAAUGAAUUACAGAAGCGAAAACAGGCUGCCUCACUACUAUCCUCCUAUGGUGGAUGCCUGCAUAGUAGAUGAUGACAACCCAGCUACAUCUGGACCUUCAACCCGGAAGGAUAAAAAAGAUGAUAUGCCUAGUUUCAAGCUCAUAGAUGAGGAUUCAGAAGAAGAGAAAGAGCCCUAUGUGACGAUGGAAGAAGAUGACUGUGUCAUUAUCAAUGAACAUACAGUCUUUGACCACAUACGCGAAAAAGCCAAGUGUUUUCCCACAUUGAAAACUUUGAAUCCAACCUCUCCAGCAUCAAGAAAAUCACCUCAGAAAAGGAAAAGCUUAGUGGAGAAUUCUCCUGAACUCGAUCCUCUAUUUCAGUAUGAUUCUGUGCUUGGUUUACCUACAAGAACUAAGGAUAUCAAACAAAGUGCACACCAAAUUACUAGCCCAGGUUAUGCAAGCCUUGCAGACAAAACUGGUGAAAAAGAAAGACCAUUCUCGGAUGAAACAAUAUUCAACUACAUAAGGAAAAGGUCCAAGAACUCUCCGGUAGUCAUUACAUCGAGAACCGAGGAUCCUAUAGCCAUAUGUUCUCAAGAAGGAAGCAACACAGAGAUAAGUCCGUAUAGAGCGUAUGGAUUAUUGGUUAGUCCUUCAACUAAAAGGCCAAGGAUCACAUCUGAUGCACCUACAGAAAUUCUGUCUUUUGAUAUCUCGAUGGUCAAGGGAAGCAGCACAAGCUUAGAGCAGAAUAAGGGAUUAGGCUCAACACUUGCAGGUAAGUCCAAAGAAUCUGAUUCUUUUCUUGGAUUCAAAAGCGUCUUCUCUUUUCUGUGACUUUCUCAUAUACAUGCCUUAAAACAAAACUCAAUGUUGGUGAGUCUCUAGGCUCCUAGAGAGCACAUAGUAAUUACUAAUGAUAGUGGUAAAGAUAAAUGGAUAAUACAACUGCAUGCUGUUUUGUUUA